AUGUAUGCUAAUGCAACUCUAAAAAAUAAAUCAAAUAUACUUUCUUUAUUAGCAAAAAUUUUAAGUCGAUCAAAGAUUAAAGAUUUUGGAUUUUGUUUCAUUAUACCACCAUCACAAUUAUCUAUUAAUAAAAGUAUAAAGCAACUUAUUAGUGAAUUUCUUUAUAAUAAUUUACAAAAAUUAUCAAUUACAAAACAGAAACAAAAUUCUGAAAUAAAUGAAGUGUAUUUUUUAGAAAAAUCAAAAUAUAAUAUAUAUUUUGAAUUAAAAUCACAAUAUCCAGAUAUCAAACUUAGUCUUAGUUCAUUUUAUAAGUUAUAUUUAAAAAAUUUCAAGAAAGCUCAAAAAAAAACUGAUAUAUGUUAA